AUGCCUGAGUCAUCCUACGAAUUGUCCCUCAGAGACAUUAUAGAUUACCAGCAAAACCUCGAAGAAGAGGCACAAGAGGAGCUGAUGAUCAUGGAAAGAGAUUCAGUCCCUAACGCUAAGGUUGUCGUGAAAAAGAAUACAAAUUCGAGCACAAGAGUUCAAUCCUCACAAAGCGGAAGCAAUAGUAUGAACAUCAGAGUUUUCUUGUUAAAGAUAUUCAUCCCAGUGCCUCUUGGUUUCAAGGCAAAGGGAGGCAAUAAAAGAAGUUCCUCAAGGAUUACUUCAAGAUCAUCAUUUGAUGGAUCUGAGAAACCAAUGGCAAAGGUUCGGUACACGAUGAAAAUGGCCUUUUCAAAGAAAAGGGAUAGCAAGAAAUGUGAGAGUUUGAACAAAAGCAUAAAUAGCAAUAGAACCAGCAAAAGCAGGGCUUCACGCCCUACUUAG